AUGGACACCUCGUUCCCUGAAGCCUCUGGUCGGUCCCAGUCCGAUACCUUAGCUGCAGUUGCUGCUCCGAAUGCUACUGCUCGUGUCUCUUCUGCUGCUGUUCAAUCCGUACCGCCCGUGAAGGUUGACGAUGCACCAAAAUUUGACCUAGAAACUUACAUUUCAAACUACUCCGGGCGCACCCGCUACGACCGUCUCUACCUCAUAGGCACGUGCUCUACCGUGCUAUCCGUCGAUGCCCUGAAGGCUGCCAUCACCGAAGCGAAGUCCAGCAAGGAUGUUGCACGUUACGAGAAGGCUGUCCGCGCGUUGGCAGAGGUUGCGCCAACUGAUGCGUCCGCUUCGCUUGACAACGCAUGGAUUCAAAGCACCCAGCGAUACGUGCGCACACAAACCGAGAGACUGGAACAUGAACUGAGGGGAUACAAAAAUAACUUGAUCAAGGAGAGCAUUCGGAUGGGCAAUGAAGACCUAGGAAAUCACUAUCACCAGACGGGAGACUUACCCGCCGCAACUAAAGCUUACGCUCGCAUGAGAGACUAUUGCACUGCACCAAAUCAUAUCACGUCUAUGCUUUUCAAGAUGGUCAAUGUUGCCGCUGAACGUGGAGAUUGGGUAUCCAUGCAGUCAAGCGUGUCACGUUUGCGCAAUUCUCAGUCAAAGCCAGAGGACGCAGCGAAGAACGAAUCCAAAAUUUCCGCCGCCUAUGCACUCUCACAAAUGCGCCAACAGGCUUUCCUCGAAGCCGCCAAUGUUUUCCUGACCAUUCAGCCAGAUCUCGGCGACAACUACAAUGAACUCAUUACUCCCAACGAUGUUGCUGUGUAUGGUAGCAUAUUGGCUCUUGCAACUAUGACCCGCGAAGAGCUACAGCGCAAUGUUCUUGACAAUACCUCUUUCCGAAACUUCCUCGAACUUGAGCCCCAUAUGCGCCGCGCAAUCGCUUUCUUCUGCAACUUCAAGUUCCGUCCCUGUCUUGAUAUCCUGGAAGCCUACCGCUCAGACUACCUUCUCGACCUUCAUCUCCAACCCUAUCUCGAAACAUUGUACAAGCGCAUUCGCACUAAGUCUAUCAAGCAAUACAUGGUUCCUUUCAGCAGCGUCAGUCUCGAAUCGAUGGCCAAGAUCUUCGCACCGGAAGUCAUUGGCGGCGAAGCGCGUCCUACUGGCCUUUCAUCACUAUUCGUGCAGGAGUUGAUUACCCUGAUUCAGGAGCGUGUGCUGGAUGCCCGUAUUGACCUUGAAAAGGGAUUGCUCGUGUCAAACCAAGUCGACGCUCGGACAGAGGUGCAGCGAACUACUCUCGAAAGCCUGCAAGAAUUUAACCAAGAGUCUCAUUGGCGAAUGAUGCGUGGGGCUUUCCUUCACGCAGGAUUAGAAGUGGGAGCCGUUCCCGGAGAAAGAAGGGAAAGGCCAGGACAGACCUGGAAGGGUGGAAAACUUCCCCGGGGUGCUUUGCUCGACUGA